GGCAGAAACCGGUCAGGUAGGCACAGUGCGUGUUAGAGCGCGUGGUCGAUAACAUAGAGAGCACAACACAGGAAACAUGGCGUCUUCACUGCUGUCUCAGAUCAGCGAGGACUUCUUGAAGUGUCAGAUUUGUCACGACACGUUCAAGCGUCCGAAGGUGCUGUCCUGUCUGCACACCUUCUGUCUGACGUGUCUGCAGAGCUACCUUAAGAAGAACCCGCGGGUCAGUAUCAAGACUUUCCUCUGUCCGCUGUGUCGUCAGGAGACGGCGACACCGGCGACAGGCGCGGACGGUCUGAAGGAUAACUUCUUCGUCUCCAACCUCCUGGAGGCCCUGUCGACGCUGAAGACGUUUAAGGUGAAGGGGUUCGUGGCGUGCGGCAGCUGCGGCCGCUCCGCCAGUUCCCGCUGUAUGGAGUGUGAGGACUUCCUGUGUGUCCACUGUCAUGGCGUCCACGCCAAGCUGAGGGCGACGCGCGUCCACACCGUGCUGUCCAUCCGGGAGCUGAGCUCGGAGGGAGGGAGCGCACAGAUCCGGGCCUACACCAAGGCAACACUCUGCCCGGUACACGAAGGUGAGACCAUGAGGUUCUACUGUGAAACGUGCCACAAGCCCAUUUGUCGUGACUGUACCGUGCUAGACCACAGCAAGCCCGACCACAAGUACGUGUACUUCAAGGACGCUCUGGCGUCACGGAAGGACGAGAUCCAAGGUCUGCUGAACUCCUGCAGGGGUAUGGUGGAAGGUCUAGAAGCGAGCAAGGAGCGACUGGAAACCGAGGAAACCGAACUGAGAGAUACUAAGGAGGGAACGCUGAAGCAUAUAGAAGAAUGGGUGGCCAUGCUGCUGCUGGACACACAGAAGAAGAAAGAAGAACUUAAAGAUCAAGUCGAGACAAUCUACAACGAGCAGCUUAAGGAACUCUCGGCGGCCAAAAGUAGGGUAGAAAUGACGCUAAAUGACAUCCAGAGUGGGUGCAGCUUCUCGGAGAAGGUUCUGGAUAUUGGGACAGACUUUGAGAUUUUAUCCAUGCGUAACGAAAUGUCAGCCAGGCUGUCAGACUUGACGAAGAUGGAGGGUCCCAAAGUUGACAAAAAUCGCUCCGGGCUGAUAAAGUUCCGACCGUACGGAGGGAUCGGAGAGCUGGUGAGGCUGGGGGUAGGGGAGUUAGACUCCUGCACAGUUGGAGAACUUGUGUUGAAGUUCGGAGACUGGGGCCCACAGCAGGGACAGUUUAAACACCCAGGCGGAGUCGGCGUGAGUUCAGCCGGGCACAUCGUCGUGGCAGACACCGGAAACCACCGGGUCCAGGUGUUCGACAGUCGCGGGGUCUUCUUACGGGCGUUCGGCUUCUACGGCUCGACAGAUGACGCCUUCAGCCACCCGCACGACGUCGCCAUGACAACAGACGACCGCAUCCUGGUCACCGACAAGGGCAACAAGGUCGUCAAGCUGUUCACCAUCGAGGGUAAACUGAUCGGAAAGAUUGGCAGCGGACACCUGAAGGAGCCGACAGGGGUCGCUGUGUACAAACAUGGCGGCGUGGCGGUGACGGACACCUCUGCGGUGAAGACCUUCACACGGACCGGAGUCCUGUCGGCUACCUGUACCAGCGAUGAUCCCGGGUACUCACACUACCUCUGUACCGACGACGACGCCAGAGUGUACGUGUCUGACUUCACAGACGGCUUCAUCAAAGUGCUGGACCAGCGGCGCAGCCUGACGUCCCAGUGGACCGCGGGGUGGCAGGAGUUCCGCGGGGAGGGAUGGGUCUUCCGCCAGAAGAGACUGCUGGGGCCGGCCGGCGUCUGUCUGGACAGGGCGAGAAGAAACCUCAUCGUGGCUGACUACCAUGGUAACAGCGUGGAGGUGUUGGACGUGGCAGGCGUGUACAAGGCGACGGUAGCCAACGGACUCAACCAUCCCGAGGGGGUGGCCGUGACUCCCCAGGGGCACGUGGUCGUGGUGGAUAGUGGGAAUAACUGUAUCAGGGUCUACAAGUGUACUGACUGAGAACAUAGACAUACAUGUAAGUGAUUGAAAAACUUUAGAGACCUGUACGAUCUAGUAGUAGUAAUUGUUAAUGUCAGGCCAAUACAAAUUGAUAAGUACAUCGAUUCCGUUGUUAGUGGCUAUAGUAUGGGGUCGAUGUAACUGUGUUUGUUACUCCCCAGUUACGUACAUGACUACUCGUAAAACAAUCAAACAUUGACGAUCGAUCUGUACAAAGUUCUUACAAAUACAAACUGAUUUUACAAGACGUGCAAGCCUCUUAGAGAGCUAUUACCGACGGUAAGAUGGCAAUGUUUUUCAAAUACCUCAGCGGUAUCUCUUUUCUGUUUCAAUUGUUUUGUUUAAUGUUUGAAGCUUUAUGUUUAAGGUGCUAACGGAAGCCAAAUUAUCCGUGACGUAAUGAUUCGAUGGUGGCAGUUAUAAGUGGUGGCAGGGGAGGUAAUUGUUAUUUACAAGGUGAAUAUAAGCGGCAACAUUGAAGUUAAUUACCAGAUCAAGCAUAGAUCAGAACCACACAAGAAAUACAAUACAGAAGUUAUAUUUUUGGAGUCCAUCAUGUUAAAAAUGCAACAUCAACGUGCACAAAGAGGUGACUUGUGGCCAAUGUCUAAAUAUUAUUAAGAACGUUGUUUGUGAAAUAAUAAAGAUCUUCAUCAACAUACUGAUGUGUUUUGGUCCUUGAAAACGUGAGGUGUAUGAAUGUA